ACUCGUGCACCAGCCAUUCAAGCACCAGCCUUGUUUUUACUUGCGUCUGCUUGCACCGAGGAAGCAGCCGAGGCCGCGUACCUUGCCGGAGUGAGACAGGUUCUCUUUCGGCACUCGACCGAGACCUGUCACUUCCUUGUGCACCUCGCUCUACGUCGUCAUGGCGCUCAAGUUUGAUGGCAAAGUCGUGGUCGUCACGGGCGCCGGCGGAGGUCUGGGCCGAGAAUAUGCAGUCCUGUUUGCUGAGAGAGGAGCGUCUGUCGUUGUUAAUGACUUGGGAGGAUCUCGUAGUGGCGAAGGAAAGUCCAGCUCUGCUGCUGACAAAGUUGUUGAAGAGAUUAAAGCAAAAGGAGGCCGGGCUGUAGCUGACUAUAAUUCUGUUGAAGAGGGUGAGAAGAUCAUCAAGACGGCUAUCGACAACUUCGGUCGUGUCGAUAUCCUCAUUAACAAUGCUGGCAUUUUACGGGACAAGGCCUUUGUCAACAUGACUCCUGAUGAAUUUGACCUGAUUCACCGUGUGCACUUGAGGGGUUCCUUCCUUGUCACGAAGGCGGCAUGGCCAUACUUCAGGAAGCAAGGCUAUGGAAAGGUUAUCAUGACAGCUUCAGGAGCCGGAAUCUAUGGAAAUUUUGGCCAGGCAAACUACGGUUCUGCUAAGCUUGCCUUGCUUGGACUGAGCAACACCCUGGCCAUUGAAGGAAAGAAGUACAACAUUUCGUGCAACACCAUUGUGCCGCUUGCUGGGUCCCGCCUCACCGAAGACAUCUUCCCACCAGAGGUUUUUGAAAAGCUCAAGCCAUCUUUUGUGAGCCCAGUUGUUGUUUGGCUGUGCCAUGACACCUGCCCCGAAACUGGUGGUGUGUUUGAAGCAGCUGGCGGCUACGUGGGGAAAUAUCAGUGGUACAGAUCAGGUGGAAAAGCCUUCAUCGGUGACGAUUUAAUCACACCGGAAAAAGUUCGUGACAGCUGGUCGCAGAUUACUGACAUGUCAACUGCACAGCCAAUGGCUUCCAUCCAUGACCAGACCAAGUCUCUGAUUGAAGUCCUGUCUGGCCAGGCACCGUCACGCCCCGUCGCAUCCACAGCACCACCUGUUGAUGACCCCACGGUGUUUGUCUACAACCCUGACACAGUCAUCUUGUAUGCACUCGCAGUUGGGCUGUCGACGCAAGAAAAAGAUCACCUGAAGUUUCUUUAUGAGGGAGCUGAGGAUUUCUCCGUUCUGCCGUCGUUUGGUGUGAUUCCUGCCAUGCCAGCAGUAUUUGGCUCUGUUGCGCAGCAUGAAGAGACUAGGAAGCUCAACAUUGAUCCUACAAAGAUGCUCCACGGGGAGCAGUACCUCGAGCUGCUUCGUCCAAUUGCACCAUCUGGUGUUUUGAAGACUGAGGUCCGGGUUGUCGAUGUCCUUGACAAAGGUUCUGGUGCUGUGGUAAUUGCAGAUGCGGACACUUUUGACCAGCACGGUGAGCGUGUCAUCCACUCCCAGUGGUCAACGUUCUUUGUUGGGAGUGGAAACUUUGGUGGCAAGAGAACUACGGACAAAGCAAGGCCCUUGGCCACCAUUCCGAAUCGCAAACCCGAUGCUGUCAUUGAGGAGAAAACGUCUAUCAAUCAAGCGGCGCUCUAUCGCCUUUGUGGUGACAAGAACCCCCUGCACAUCGAUCCCAUGUUCUCAGCUGCUGGAGGUUUCCCUCAGCCAAUCAUGCAUGGGCUAUGCUCGUUUGGCUAUGCAACACGUCAUGUUCUCAAGCAGUAUGCAGGCAAUGAUGUGAGGAGGUUCAAGUCUAUCAAGGCUAGGUUCACAGGGCCUGUUGUACCAGGUCAGUCGAUUCGAACAGAGAUGUGGAAAGACGGUAACCGCAUCAUCUUCCAGUGUUCGGUACCUGAAUCAAAUAAACAGAUCAUCUCUGGAGGCUGUGUGGAGCUUCAUGAUGUUGCACAACCACCACCUGCUGCUCCUCAGCCUCCUCUUGGGGCUUCACUAGAGUCUGAGAUGGAGUUGAAGUCUGACCUUGUGUUUGCUGGAAUGGAGGCUCGUGUGGAGGACAUGCCCGAACUGGCUUCGAAAGUCAAGGCCAUCUACGAGUACAACAUUCUGCUCAAGGGCAAACCAGCGGCUGUCUGGACUUUGGAUCUGAAGAAUGGCAAAGGAGCCGUUUACAAGGGUUCUCCGAAAGAUGGCAAAGCCAACUGUGUCAUUACCAUAGAAGAUGAAGAUAUGUUCAACAUGGCAGUUGGGCAGCUGGAUCCUCAGAGGGCUUUUAUGACAGGCAAGCUGAAAGUGAAGGGGAACUUGCUGCUCAUGCAGCGGUUGAGAGAACUUCUGAAGCCACCUAAGGAUUCAGCUCCACCAAAACCAGCUUCAGCUCCAGCGGUGUCGUCAUCUGUAGCUCUGAAAAGCGACGCCAUUUUUGAGUCUCUUGAAAAGAAGAUUGCGAACAACCCUGAUCUUGCUUCAUCCGUCCAGACCAUCUUCCAAUGGGACAUCAAGAAGGAUGGACAGCUCAUCAAGCAAUACACUCUGGACUUGAAAAAUGGCAAGGGAGCUGUUUACUUAGGAACACCUAAACAGGGAAAGCCUGAUUGCACUUUUAUAAUGGAGGAUGAAAUCCUGCACAGUAUCUUCACUGGAAAGCUGGAUGCUCAGAGGGCAUUCAUGACGGGCAAGAUGAAGAUCACAGGCAAUGUGCUGGCCAGCCAAAAGCUUCAGGAGCUCUGGGAGCAGGACAAGGAGGAGAAUCCUGAAGACGAACUGGCUGCAAUUGUUCAGUCAGCCAAGGACAACGAGGCAGCUGCGGCUGCAGCCGCUGGUGCUGAUGGGGAAAGGCCACCGCCUCCAAACGAGCCACCAAACACAAUCAAGUCAGACUUCAUCUUUGGCAUUUUCAUUGAGUACCAGAAGCAAGAACCACAGAUCGCAAGCAUUGUCAAGACAGUCUUCCACUGGAUUAUCCUGCAGGACGGCAAGAAGGCAACUGAAUGGACUGUGGACUUGAAGACUGGCAAGGGAGACUUGUACAAGGGGCCUCCCAAGGGCAUCAAGGCUGAUGUUGCCAUCACCAUUGAUGAUGAGGAUGUGAUUCAGCUCAUGCUUGGCAAGUUGAAUCCACAGAAGGCUUUUAUGACCGGUCGUCUGAAGAUCCGUGGCAACAUCAUGUUGACUCAGCGCUUCAACCUGUUGUGGCAAGAAAUUCUGAAAAGCGGAAGAGUAGUUGAACUGAAGUUGAUGAGCCCCCUGCUCUCAGAUGGCAAGCCCCUGAGCAAGGAGCUCUGGAGUGACUGUGCCUUCUUUGUGCUCACUAAGAAGUUAGCUCACCUGCCAGACCUGGCACCUAAGGUGCAAGCUAUUUAUGAAUGGAGGAUUCUCAAGGACGGCAAAGAAGCUAGCAAGUGGACACUGGACUUGAAGAAUGGGAUUGGUGCUGUGUAUCGUGGAAGCCCCAGGGACACGCCUUCAGAUUGCACCGUAACCAUGGAUGAUGACAUCUUCGCAAACCUUGUGGCAGGGAGGGUGACGCCCCAAGUGGCAUUCUCAAAAUUUGUGAAAGUGGAAGGCAAGAAGGAGCUUGCUGACAAACUUCAUCCUCUUUUCCUUUCCGCAUCAAAGCUCUGAGUGCAAACAAUCGGUACUGUUUCAGUUUAAUACUCCCUUAAUGGCUAAUGGGCAAUAUGCAAUGGUGGUGCACUGAUAUUUUUAUAAUGACUUUAUUGUGACAUGUCUAAUAUACUUAAAUGCACAGUAUUGUUGCCAUGCACAUAUAGCUUCAUUAAGGUUUUCAUGUGUAUGAAUAAAGCUAUAUUUU